CCUGUUGCUUGACAGUGGUCAGCGACAGGCGAGUCCUACAAAAUCCCAUAUUUUGCAUUGUUUUUCGUCUAUUUAGUGAUCAUCGUCAGUUAUUUUCCUCUGUAAUAGUGUUUCGCGUUCUCAAAGUGCAGUGGAAGGUUCGAUAAAAGGUUAUUACCGCAGUUACAAGCCACACGCGAACAUAUCCAGUGAAUCCCUCGUGUUAAAAAAUCAUUUCGACAUGAAAAUGUGUGUUGAUGAUAAUAAAUAAGUGGUGAAUAAUAAUAACGGACCAUGAGUGAUUAUAUUUCUGCUGAGCUCGCAGCAACAUGCGCAGCCCUUGGUUACUCUGACGGAGUGGUAUACCGAUUGGAUGCUGGAGCCCAGAAUGUGAUAAAGGAUCUCAUAAAAUAUUUGAAGAGAGAUGAUGAUUCUCACACUGUUCGUCGUUAUUUGGGACAGUCAAAGCUGCUCCAGACUGAUUUAACCCAGAUUGCCAUUCAGCACACGAAGAAAACGGAAUUCUGGGAUGUUCUGCUGAGAUUGAUAAUAAAUCUGACAAGCCCAGCCUUAAUGCUAUUCAAUGACAUUCUUCCCACUGAAAAAACAAGUCGUAACAUCUACCUUCAAUUGGUUAGCCAUCUUCAGGGGUACAAAAAAUCAUUGGCUAAUGAACAAUUUUGGGGAGUUGUCAGCAAUCGUCUCAGCACCAUUCUGAGAAUCGAAAGUGCUGAAAGAGGGGAAGAGAAUGAAUUAAUCAUCGAGAGAAUUCUCACAUUAAUCAGAAACGUCAUCCAAGUACCACCAGAUGACAACGAAAAACGAGCGGACAAUGACGCAACUGUUCACGAUGAGCUGCUAUUUGCCCUCCAUUCUUCUGGAAUUGUUGAUCUACUCUUGUUUAUUGCCAGUAACAGCAGUGAGCAGCAGUAUCACAUGCAAAUACUCGAGAUCAUUGCAUUGAUGUUACGUGAACAAAAUGCUACUAAAUUGGCUUCAGUUGGAUUGCAACGCAGUGCUGCUGAGAAGGAACGAGAGGAAGCCCAGUUAUUGGCUAUAAGACGUAGAGAAAUCACUGAGAAAUUAGAGAAGGUGAAGAAGUACUCUGGAUCCAGACACUCAAGAUUCGGUGGCACCUUCGUCGUUAAAAACAUGAAAGCAAUCGGUGAGAAUCAAUUGAUCUGUCACAAGCCCUUUGAAAAAAUUGAAGCCCUCGAGUUCGCUCGUGACAAAGUAAAACUGAAGAAACCGAAGAAUAAAGUUCGUAUUGAAGAAGCUCCACAGGAACGAACAUCCGCCCUGACUGUUCGUUUAUUCCUCAAAGAAUUCUGCGUGGAAUUCUUAAAUGGGGCUUACAACCCUGUAAUGAGAUACGCCAAGUCUUGUAUAAUUGGUGGGGGCCAUUCAGCAGCAGCUGAUGCAAGCCAUUAUCUCUGGGCUAUGCGUUUCUUCAUGGAAUUCAAUCGUAAUUACAAGUUCCAGGUCAAGCUUGUUAGUGAGACUAUUUCUACUGAGAUGUUUUAUUUUGUUCAACGUCAAAUGGAGGAAUAUUACGAAUCCAUGACAAUGGACAAACAGAAGAUUCCUUAUUGGUCGAAACGCUUGCAUUUGGCGCUGAAGGCUUAUCAGGAGCUGCUACACACUAUUCUCGCCAUGGAUAAAAUGACAGACAAAGGUAUACGGGAUUCAAGCAGGGUCAUUAAGAGUAACGUAUUUUACGUUCCAGAAUAUCGGGAAACGAUACUCUCUCAACUUCUGUGCUACGACGGACUUAAAAUGUCACGGUCUUACCUGGUUGAUCUUGUUACAACUGCCCACAUAUUCUUGAAAAUGUUGGAGCAAUUCGUUACUCAGUCUCGAAGUUUAGUGGUGGCAAAGCUAAAGCGAAAGCCUCGCAAGAAAAAUGUUAAAAACUCCAAUAAAGAGCCGACGAAGCCAGCGAAAAGCCUUGAGGAGAGAUGGGAAGAUGCAGGGCCAGAAUUAUCAGCAGUUAUGCAAGAUGGAAUUAUACCCACUGUCGUUCCCUUUGAUGCCACCUUGGACACUCCGAUCGAAGAGCAAAAGGCCGAUGCAAUGAAGAGGAUUCAAAAGCUUCUUCGCAGGAAGGAGUUCGAGGAGGCGAUAGGACUUUUACGAUCUGCUCGGGAAAUCUGGCCGGAGAACGACUUUUUUGGUGCCCCGGAGAUGCCUGUUGAAGAGGAGUUCUUGGCGCUUCGGGAGAUAUUCCACGCUGAUCUCGGUGUGGUUGAGGAGGCUGAGGAAAAACAGGAGGAGGAGGAGGAGAACGUUGAGAGCUUCCUGAAUAAUGAAAAUGAUGAGAACAAUGACGAGUUCGACGAGGAAGAGGAGGCUGAGGCAGAAACGCAGUAUGAGGAAACGAAUUUCAAUUUUGAUGAGUUCUUGAAAAGAUUUGCUAACGUAAAAGUAGUGAAGGCUAUGGCCGUGGUUUUACGUCAUUUUGAAGAGAAUUCUACCGAAGUUAAUCAUUAUGUGGUGAAAAUGCUGCACAGAAUCGCCUGGGACUGUAAAAUGCCAGCGAUGAUCUUUCAAGCUUCGAUCUUCAGAAUUUUCCAGAGGAUUCUGGAUUCUAAGCAUGGAGAGCACAAGGAGUUGCAGAAGUUUGCCAUCUUCAUAAUUCGUCGUUUCGCUGAGACUGCUGAAAAAAACCGGAAGGCGUACAUGGAGCUACUCUUCUGGAAGAAUACUCGCGAAGCAACUGAGAUGUUGGAUGGCUAUGACGUUGAAUUUGUGAACAAAAAAGUUUCCAGCGCCGUAUGGACAGAAGUGGAGGAGGAUGAAUUACGCACUUUGUUCAUGGAGCAUCAAACUAAUAAGUACCGUCAAGAUUUGAUCGAUUGGAUCCUCGAGAACAUCAUCAGUGACAAUCGCACAAGACGUGGAGUGAUAAAGAAACUCAAAGAGCUCCACCUGAUUGUAAAUUCCCAGAGAAUAAGAAGUGAAGUACAGAAACGUCUACCGAAAGAGUGGAGAGAGGAAGAAAUUGCACAACUGACGGAGAUGUGGGAGAGAGUGAAGGAUGAUGACGAUCCAGUUGAACUCAUUCACGAUGGCUUGAGGAUAAAACGACCAAAGCCGAAAAUAAAAGAGAAGCUUCUCGAGUUGGGAUUGGCUCAGGACAGAAAGGAGCUUCGCAAAAAACGCCAGAAGAAAAUCAAUCGCGAGCCAAAAGCAUCGUGGGAACAUCAAUCGUCUAGCGAACAGUCUGAUAACGAUGAUUCUGAUCUCGAGAUUAUCGACGAGGGCUCAAAGAGUGGAGGCAACUCAAAGUCAAAGAAGAAUAAGCAGAAGAAGAAAAGAGAUAAGAAGAAGACGAAACCAACGGUGGUUUAUACAGACGCCCAAUUAACUGGGCUCCUCAAGGAUGUUAUCAAUAAGAACAUGACCCAGGCUUUGGAAUGGUUAGUGGAAUCCUUGGAGGACGUUCUUGAGGACAGAGAUGAGGAAAGUAGUGAUGGCAUUGCACUGGUACCCCUGAAUGAUUAUUCAUCAGCUGCAAUGGAUUCACCAAGUUUUCAGCGUUUCCUACGAGCUAUUGGAGUUGAGCCACCGGCUGAUGAGCAAGAGGCUUAUUGGAGAAUACCAGCUAGCAUGAUGUCAGCCACCAUACGAAAGCGUUGUGAACUCAUUAAAAAUGGACUCGGGGGAACAUUCGUGAAUGAAGAUAUUCUACCGAAUAUUGAUUCUAACAGCGAUGGAGAGGCCGACGAAGAGGGGGGAGGGGCACUGGAUUUGGAGGAAAUUAAGAAGAUGUUCACAGAGGAUGAAUCAAAGUCAAAAGGUCAACGCUCUCAAGUUAUUGACUCAGAUUCCAGCAGCGAUGAGGAUAUUUCCCCAUUGAAAAUGAAAAAUAAAAGCUCAGGAAGCCAAUCAAUUGCCGAGUCUAAUCCCAGCAUUUUCACCAAUAAUAAAUCCAAGAAAUCGAAGCUGAAUAGAAGCCGAGUAAAGUCGAUGGACGAUUCCUCUGACUCAGAUGCGGAGGUGGAAAUUGCUGGAGGGAAUGUCACAGAUGACGCUAAGAGAGUUCGCUCUGACAACUCUGACCCAGAGGAUACGCCAACACUGAAGAAACGUCGUGUCAUUGACAGUGACGAGGAGGACGACGUUGUAAUCACCUCAGAGCAGCGGGAGGCUAAGCAAGGGCGGAAAAUCAUCAGCGACGACGAAGAUUGAUAAUGUCAUUUUGCAUCAUUUUUUUCUGUGUUUGAACCAUUUUGUAAUCGCUUCAGCGAG